AUGCGGAAAUUUUGGUUUGCCAUUAUUGAUAUUGUUCUCAUGAUGACAAUUUCUUGUGCUGAUAGUGAUGGCGAACAGUUACAUGAUGAUGAAAAUACAACAGACAGUUACAAUCGUAGCGAUGACGACAGCAAGGACGUAAUUGUUGGCGACAUGCUUCUAACACGAGAUCAAGUAAAUUAUCUCUAUUCAACAGAUAGCUCUCAGCGUUUAGGUCUAACAAAUCCAAUUCGACAAUGGCCAAAUGCAAGCGUAUUCUAUAAGUUUGACAAAUCGUUGGAUCAAAAAGCAAAGGGAAAAGUUAUAGUCUCUAUGAAUUAUAUUCAAAACGUGUCUUGCAUCCGUUUCAUAGAGAAAGAUGAAAAGACAAGGAAUUAUGUAUUAAUUAAGCAGGGUAAAGCUUGUAACUCAAAAAUUGGUAUGCAACAAGGGCAACAGCCAAUGAUAAUUGAUGGAGAUUUAUGUACAAAGGGCAACGUUGUUCACGAGAUUUUACAUACACUCGGAUUUUUGCAUAUGCAUACAGCCAAUAUACGCGAUGAAUAUAUUAACAUAAACUGGGAUAAUAUUAAGGACAACGCUAAAUUGAAUUUUAAGCCAUUUCUAGCAGAUGUGAGCAUGUUUGAUACCCCAUACGAUUACAACUCAAUAACACAUUAUAGCAGUACAGCCUACGCCAAGAACAAAAGCAUCCCGACAAUUAUUGCUAAAAUAGAAGCACCCAAUAUGGGACAGAGAAAAGCACUGUCGGUUGGCGAUUUAACAAGAUUAAAUCGAAUGUACAAUUGUCCGAACUUUGAAGUACCGACGAUAAAGCCUAAUGGAAGGUCUUUAAGGGAAAUGGAAGCCCAAUCCUCUAAUGGAACUGAAGCUCCUAAAAUGGUUGAUAGUACACCUACCAAUGACCUGUCGAUGGAUGUAGACGGUAAUGAAAAAAAGAUAAGCGACUUGAACUCUACCAAUGGUAACACAAAUGCACUCAAUUAUGAGGACGACGAAGAUGAUAUGAUCCUAUCACAGGAACAGCUCGAUGAAUUGUAUUCGACAAAAGCUACGAAAAGAACGGGUUUAAAGUCAGACUUCUUCAGAUGGCCUGAGGGAGUUGUGCCAUUUCAAAUUAAUGCAUCCUAUUCUCCUGAAUUCAUUUCAAGUAUUUAUGAUUCGAUGAACUACAUAAGUAAUCAUUCGUGUAUUCGAUUCGUUGAGAGAGCAUCGGCGAACAAUCAGAAUUAUAUUUACAUAACAUCAACAAAAUCGGGCUGUAGCUCAGAAGUUGGAAUGCGACAUACUGGAAGACAGUUGAUGAAUAUAAAUGAGCAGCAUUGUCCACGCGGAAAAAUUAUUCAUGAGCUCCUACACGCUUUGGGGUUCCUUCAUAUGCACACAGCUAAUGAACGUGACAAUUACAUCCAAAUAAAUUGGAACAAUAUAAAGCCAGAUGCAUGGACCAAUUUUAAACAAUUUGUAUCGCAUGUUAGCAUGUUUUCAACACCAUACGAUUACAAUAGUAUCCUGCAUUAUAGUACAAAAGCAUUUGCUGUGGAUAGAUCGAAAGAUACAAUUAUUCCGUUGCGAUCUGCACCAGAUAUGGGACAGCGAAAAGGUAUGAGCCAGGGCGAUAUAAUACGAUUGAAUCGUAUGUAUAAAUGCAAUAUGACUACGACGGUAUUCAGUGACACGAGCAUAAAAUCAUUAUCAUCUAAAAUCACACCUAUUGAAACAUCGAAUACGGAAGUGGGUGGUGAUAGCCUUAAAAAUAGCAAAACAUCACCGUGGACGAAAGAACGAGAAAAUGGAGAUAAGCAGGCAAGAACAAUAUUAGGGGUACUUAUUUUCAAGCUUAUUGGCAAGAAUUAA